AUGGCUGAUCGGUACAUCCCCGAGCAUCGCCGCACCAAUUUCAAGGCGAAGAGCACCUUCAAGCCUGAGGAGCUCCGUCGCCGCAGAGAGGAGCAGCAGGUCGAGAUUCGCAAGGCCAAGAGAGAGGAGAACUUGGCCAAGCGCCGUGGUAUCGGAACGGGCGAGAACAGACCCGGCGCUUCCCUCGGAGCUGCUCCAGACAGCGACGAUGAUACCGCUCCCACAGAGUCCCAGUUGAACGAGGACCUUCCUCAGAUGGUCAACGGUGUCUUCUCCGACCAGAUCGAUCUCCAGAUCCAAGCAACGACAAAGUUCCGAAAGUUGCUGUCCAAGGAGCGCAACCCCCCAAUCGAGGAAGUCAUCAAGACUGGUGUCGUCAGCCGUUUCGUCGAGUUCCUGCGCUCCCCCCAUACCCUGGUUCAGUUCGAGGCUGCCUGGGCCUUGACCAACAUUGCUUCCGGCUCUGCUACGCAAACCCAGGUCGUUAUUGAGGCCGGUGCGGUCCCCAUCUUCGUUGAGCUGUUGGCCAGCCCCGAGCCGGAUGUACGGGAACAGGCCGUUUGGGCUCUCGGCAACAUUGCCGGCGAUAGUCCUCACUGCCGCGACUAUGUCCUUAGCUGUGGCGCUUUGAAGCCUCUGCUGGCCCUGCUCGGCGAUAGCCGUAAGCUUAGCAUGUUGCGCAACGCCACUUGGACUCUGAGCAACUUUUGCCGUGGCAAGACUCCUCAGCCCGACUGGAACACCAUUGCUCCCGCCCUGCCCGUUCUUUCUAAGCUCGUCUACUCCCUUGACGACGAGGUUCUCAUCGACGCCUGCUGGGCUAUUUCCUACCUCUCCGAUGGGUCCAACGACAAGAUUCAGGCUGUGAUCGAAGCAGGCAUUCCCCGUCGACUCGUUGAGCUUCUGAUGCACGCUUCUACCUCUGUACAGACGCCCGCUCUCCGUUCCGUGGGCAACAUCGUCACCGGUGACGACGUCCAGACGCAAGUGAUCAUUAACUGCGGUGCCCUGCCGUGCCUCCUUUCGUUGCUUAGCUCCAACAAGGAUGGUAUCCGCAAGGAGGCCUGCUGGACGAUUUCCAACAUCACCGCCGGUAACUCCGCUCAGAUUCAGUCGGUCAUCGAUGCCAACAUCAUUCCGCCUCUUAUUCACCUAUUGUCUAACGGUGACUUGAAGACCCGCAAGGAAGCAUGCUGGGCGAUCAGCAACGCGACAUCGGGUGGUCUGCAGAAGCCGGAGCAGAUCAGAUACUUGGUUUCUCAGGGCUGCAUCAAGCCGUUGUGCGACCUUCUUGCCUGCCCUGACAACAAGAUCAUUCAAGUCGCUUUGGAUGGAUUGGAGAACAUCCUUAAGGUCGGCGACCUCGACAAGCAGGCUGCUGGUGAAGGUCCUGACUCGAUCAACCGUUACGCCUUGUUCAUCGAGGAGUGCGGUGGCAUGGAGAAGAUUCACGAGUGCCAGACCAACGCCAACGAGGAAAUCUACAUGAAGGCCUACAACAUUAUUGAGAAGUACUUUUCGGACGAGGAGGAGAAUGCGGACGAGGGCAUGGCUCAGACGGCCGGUCCUAACGGCACGUUCGGUUUCGGCGCCAACGCUGCUCCCCAACAAGGCGGCUUCAGCUUCGCUAACGGCGGCGAUUCGAUGGACAUGUAA